AUGUCGAACAUUGGAGGAUCCGGGGGACCGAACGUCGACCACUCCCUCGAUGGGCAGUCACAGGUCACCUUCAUCGUCUCCAUCCUGAGCCUGGCGACCGUCAUCUCCACGGCGGUCGUCGUCCUGCGCAUCUUCACCCGCGCCCGCAUCCUGCGGACAUUCGGGCCCGACGAUGCGGUGAUGGGGGUAGCGCAGAUACUCACUAUAGGAGCAGCUGUAGCGAUUGGACUCGAAACAAAAUGGGGACUGGGUCGUCAUGUCUGGAUCAUGCUCCCAGAAAACUUCACCCCGUACAUGAAGGCGUUCUACGCCUCCGUUGUCGUGUACAACGUCGCGACGUGCGUCGUCAAGAUGUCCAUCCUGCUGCAGUACCGCCGCAUCUUCACCGGGCCCGUCAUGCAGAAGCUCACCAUGGCUGGGCUCGCCUUCGAGGGCGCCUGGGCGCUCACCCUCUCGAUCCUGCUGCCUCUGGUCUGCAAUCCCGUCUCGAAUUUCUGGGACCCAAGUGUGCCCGGGAAAUGCCUGAACCAGCUCGCCAUCUGGUAUGUCAUGGCGUCGAUCAACUUGGUCUCGGAUUUCGUCAUCUUCAGCAUGCCGCUGCCGGUCAUCAAGAACCUGCAGCUGCCCAAGAAGCAGAAGAUCAUGUUGAUGGGCGUGUUUUGCCUCGGUUUCCUUACAUGUAUUAUUUCCAUCUAUCGGAUGAAGACCCUCAAGGUCGCAGGAGAAUCGACCGAUCCAAGCUGGGACAACACCGACGCCGCCGUCUGGUCAUUCAUCGAGCUAUCCAUUGGUGUACUUGCAGCCUGCCUGCCGACUCUUCGACCGCUGUUUGCGCUUAUUCUGCCUCGCUUCUUCAAGUCGACAGUAUCAGGACGGACGGGACAGUACAACGGGCUCUCUGGAAAGAGCAUGGGGAAGAUGUACAACAGGUCCAGGACCGGCAACACGGCUGUCAAGAGCGUCUACCCGGCCGAUGGCGACAGCGACACUGAUGCGCUGAGGGGGAAUGGGAGCAGAGGCUCCGGGGGCGGUCUCGAGUUGCCGAUCAUGUACAACGUGACGGUGACUGGAGGGAAAAAAGGAAGUCGGCAAUCGGAAAUGCCAGCUGCGCGCAGUGACUCGUUGGCUGGGAUCCAAACGACCACUGUUGUUACUCAGAGGGUGGAUUCUCUCUAA